UAUUAAUUCAUUUAUUUCUUUUUUAUUAGAUGUCUGAUCAGUCUGCGUCGUUAUUUGGUUCGUGCUGUUUUCAUUACGGAAAUGUUAAACUCACGAUGGGUACGGGGAGUUUUUUGAACGUAAAUACAGGGUGCAAAGCUUACGGUAGCCACUCGGAAGUGUAUCCCCUGGUUGCAUGGAAAAUGAACGAUGGUGAUACAAUUUUUAUGCAAGAAACAAGUUCAAAUGACACAGGGUCUCUUAUUGAAUGGAUUAUUAACACAGAAUUAAUUAAAAAUGCCCCUGAAUCAUCUGAAAUAGCGGAAAGUGCCCAGGGGAAUAACGGUGUAUAUUUUAUCCCUGCUUUUAGUGGGUUUUGGCUUCCAAUUAAUGAUCCUAACGCCACCUCUGGUUUUAUCGGCGUUACUCCUACUUCUACAAAGUGCCAUUUGGUGCGAGCUGUAUUAGAAAGUAUUGUUUUUCAAAUUUACCUUAUGGUCAAUGUAAUGAUAAAAGAACGAGUGGGAAAAUUUAAAAAAAUAAGGGUUGAUGGUGGUGUAUCCAAAAAUGAUUUUAUACUCAGCUCUCUUGCAAGUAUUCUUGAUAUGGAAAUUGAGAGAACAAUUUCUACAGAAAUGUCAGUACAGGGAGUCACAUAUGUGGCUGGUAUUAAGGCUGGUUUAUGGACUAAAGAAUAUUUAAGUAAAUUACCUCAAGAUAAAACCUUUACUCCUGACCUUAAAAAACGACAAUACUUCAAAAAGGAAUUUGAAACUUGGAUGCGGGCUGUGGAACGAUUUACAAAGUGGAAUUAGAAUAAGACGAAAGUAUUUUAAUAAACAUUAUAUUAAUAUUUUUUACACCUAAAUAAAAAUUUACAUAU